CAAUCAAAUUCAACAUAACAUCCGAAUUUUGAAACCAACUUGUUUACAUCAUGGCUGCCUAGAGCACAAUUUUUUAACAAUAUUUAGAUUGUAAUUUUCUUAUCUACAUUUGAUUUGUGUGCACUGCCUUAAAAAAAUUGCUUGAAAAUCCAGCCAACCAUGUCUAGCUUAGAUUUAAGUGUGCCAGAAUUGCCACCUGAUUCACCUGGAAGUUCAGUAUCCACAAGACUUAUGGAUGAGUAUGAGGAAUUGCUGAAGUAUGCCGUUGUUGUACCUAAGUAUGAUCAGAGUAGAUUACCUAAAACACUAACAGACAUAAGAGAGUCAUUUCCUCAAAAUAGACCGGAACCCAGACAGGAAACCAUGGUUACAGUUACUAGGGAGAGACAAACAGAUUCUAGUUCCAAUCCUGUCAUUGUCAAGGUAACCAGAGAAACAGGGUUACCAGAUUUUGGAGGUCAUAGUCCUAUAGGAAGUAAACAUGAAGAUGACAGACUGAAUGAUGAUACAGGGAGUGUUGAAGAAUUCCUUACAAGAGACAAAGGAAAACAGAAAACACAAAAGUUCUCAGCCCCCAAAUUUUUGUCCCGUGUGACAGAUGGACUUGAUAAAGAAACCAGUCGGAUGUCUCAGAAAGAAACCAGUCACUUAUCUCAGAAAGAGGUUGAAAUAGAGGAGUCAGAAUAUAACUUCACAGCAACAGUGGACCAAGACGUUACUAAGAUGGAAAAUCUCAUGGACCAUUGGUGUUUGGACCUAAAAAGAAAUGUCAUGGCAGAAUUCAGCCAAUCCAAAAUUAGAAUUGUGGAACAUGGAAGACAGCAGCUAGUCAGAGAACAAGAAAAACAUGCUGCAGAAAAAAAUCAAAUCCUGAAUGAAAUGGAAAGUCUGAAGGAACUAUUACACACUUAUGAACAGUCACUGGAACGUAAAGAUCAGGUCAUAUCAAAUCUUACACAUGCCAUGCAGAAACAGAGAGAAAAGAUUGAAAUGCUAAAAAAAUUUAACGAAUGGAAAGUUAAACACAUUGACAGGAAAAGAGAGAUAUUUGCUGGUAAACUAGCAGAAAAACAUUAUGAGAGAAAACUGUCGCAGAAAAUCUGGGAUUCUUGGCAUUCAGUGAUUGUUGAUAAAUGGCGCCAGCGAGUGGAGAAAGCCUGUCAAGCCAAGGCACAGGAAGUCUGCAUCAAUCUCACAAAUGAAUAUGAGACUAAAGUCAAAUCGUUAACAGACGCAUUAGAGGAAGCGAGGACAGAGGUGUCAAAGUUACAUCAGGAACGUGAUCGUUAUGAAGAAACCAUGAAAAAGGCUUUCAUGCGAGGAGUGUGUGCCCUCAACCUUGAAGCUAUGACCAUGUUUCAACCUCAAGAUGACCAGCGACCAGAACAAGGUCCUGGCGGUCACAUGUCUUCAGAUUUCUCUGACAAUCUUAACGGUAGUAUACCAGAGAAAGAUUAUAGUGCUCCAAAAACAAUCCCCCAGGAACCAAUAUACACAACAGAUCCUAGGAAUGACCUGGCACCGCCAAAAAUAAUCACCAGUCAGGGAGCCAGACCUUCAUCAGCGACUAGUGUCAGGUCUAAAGCAUCAGCAUGCAGUAAGACUAGUACAACAUCUUCCAGUAAAGGGAAAGUAUUGUCCACCAGAAUAUCAGCCAAGACCGAUUCUGGACGUGCCACAUCUAGUUUGGCCAGAAAUCCUACUCUGGACCCGCCAAUGAGUUCUGUUAUUGUAGAAAGACAUCCUCCAGUUAAUAAGGAAACAAUUGGACAGGCCACAGCAGGAAGACACCCACGACAGACAUCAACCAUAGAGAACUAUACACAGGCAGGAAUCAUUCAUCGGCGGAUUGCUGGACAGUCUGGUUCAGUGACGAUAUCACCAAAUAUACAAACUGUUAAAGUUGUUGACUGAAUGGCAUUUAGUUAUAGCAUUUAUGUAUUAUUAUGUGUAUGAACAAGACAGUUAUGACGAUGCAUGAAAAAGAAAAAAAUAGAAGUAAACAUCAUUUCUCUUUAUCUAAAGUUUUGAAAUAUUUUCAAGAUAAUUAAAAAAAAACCACACAAAUGGAUAAAUAA